ACCGGGACGAGCCGGGCCUGCGGCGCGCGGGCCCGGUCUGGGCUGUCUUCCUGGGCCGCGGUCCGGCGAGCGGCGGCGGGGAGGGGCGGUGGCCAUGUCUGCGUCCCCAGGGCGCCGUGGCCCCGCGGGCCUGCUCCCUCAGUCCGCGCCCGGCUGGACACCCUCUCGGGGGUCCCGCGGGGAGCGGUAACCGCCAAUCUCUGCGUCCCGGGGGCCCCCGCCGAGAAGCAGGACAGCCCAAGGGAUGGCUGCUGACAUGCAGAGGAAGAGAAGCAGCGAACGUCAUGAUGGCACUCUGGCUCCUGAUGGGCACAGCGGAGAGAGAGCCGACAGUCCCACCCCGGGGCUGGCUCAGGGAAUGGAGCCGGGUGCCGGGCAGGAGGCUGCCAUGUUCGUCCAUGCCCGUUCCUAUGAGGACCUGACUGAAUCGGAGGAUGGGGCUGCUUCCAGGGAGAACCUGGAGGAGGGUGCUGGGGGUCCUUCACCACUGCCUGCGGACAUGCGCCAGAUCAGCCAGGACUUCAGCGAGCUGAGCACCCAGCUGACAGGUGUGGCCCGAGAUCUGCAGGAGGAGAUGCUGCCGGAGAGCUCUGAGGACUGGCCAGAGCCCCCGGGGGCAGCCGGGAAACCAGCCAUAGAGCCCCCCAGGGAGGGCACAGGCGAAGGGGAUGAGGAGGAGGCUGCUGAGGCAUGGCGACUGCACCAGAAGCACGUCUUCGUGCUGAGCGAGGCGGGGAAGCCUGUGUACUCCCGCUAUGGGUCGGAGGAGGCCCUUUCCAGCACCAUGGGCGUCAUGGUGGCCCUGGUGUCCUUCCUGGAGGCAGACAGGAAUGCCAUCCGCUCUAUCCACGCAGAUGGCUACAAGGUGGUGUUUGUGCGCCGGAGCCCGCUGGUGCUGGUGGCGGUGGCCCGCACGCGGCAGUCGGCACAGGAGCUGGCGCAGGAGCUGCUCUACAUCUACUACCAGAUCCUCAGCCUUCUCACGGGGGCGCAGCUAAGCCACAUUUUCCAGCAGAAACAGAACUACGACCUGCGGCGCCUGCUCUCGGGCUCGGAGCGCAUCACCGACAACCUGCUGCAGCUCAUGGCGCAGGACCCCAGCUUCCUGAUGGGGGCGGCGCGCUGCCUGCCCCUUGCCUCGGCCACGCGCGACGCCGUGAGCGCCAGCCUGCAGCAAGCACGUGCGCGCAGCCUCGUCUUCUCCAUCCUGCUGGCGCGCAACCAGCUUGUGGCGCUCGUGCGCCGCAAGGACCAAUUCCUGCACCCCAUCGACCUGCACCUGCUCUUUAACCUCAUAAGUUCCUCCUCGUCCUUCCGCGAGGGCGAGGCCUGGACACCCGUGUGCCUGCCCAAAUUCAAUGCGGCCGGCUUCUUCCAUGCACACAUCUCUUACCUGGAGCCGGACACUGAUCUCUGCCUGCUGCUGAUCUCCACCGACCGCGAGGACUUCUUUGCCGUCUCUGACUGCCGCCGCCGCUUCCAGGAGCGCCUGCGGAAGCGCGGAGCCCAUCUGGCACUGCGGGAGGCACUGCGCACGCCCUACUACAGUGUCGCCCAAGUGGGCAUCCCAGACCUUCGCCACUUCCUCUAUAAGUCAAAGAGCUCAGGACUCUUCACCAGCCCUGAAAUCGAGGCCCCAUACACCAGUGAGGAGGAGCGGGAGCGGCUCCUGGGCCUCUACCAGUACCUGCACAGCCGUGCCCACAACGCCUCCCGCCCUCUCAAGACUAUCUACUAUAUGGGCCCCAACGAGAACCUUCUGGCCUGGGUGACAGGCGCCUUUGAGCUCUACAUAUGCUACAGUCCGCUGGGCACCAAGGCGUCAGCCGUCAGUGCCAUCCAUAAGCUCAUGCGCUGGAUCCGCAAAGAAGAAGACCGCCUCUUCAUCCUCGCGCCCCUCACCUACUGAUGGGAAUGUGUGCGGCUCAGCCAUCUGGGCCACAGAAGCCAUGGGAGCCCGGGGCUGGCCUCUCCUUCCUGGGCAGCAGGCAGGGCCUGUGGGCCGAGGUGUGCAUUAAAGUGCUCUGGGGAAGA